AUGGCUCAAUUAGCAUCGAGAAGCCAGGACCGCGCGGUCGCCUUUGCGGCGGCGACGCUGCUCUGCGAGCUGCUCACCCAGCGCCUGCUCACGCGCCAGACGGAGCUGCUGUCCGAGGGCCUCGCCUGGGUCCUGCUGCCGGCGCUGGUGAGGGCAGCCCGGAGACGGGCCCAGGAUGAGAUUGCGCCUCUGGCGGCGGCGAGCACCGCGGCGACGUCGCGCAGGGGAGUCGCCGGUGCUGUGCUGUUUGCGGCGGGCAUUGCGGCGGCGUCGUUUUGCAGGGCGGAAAACGGUAGCUGUCGCUUCUAUCCGGCGCUGGUUCCCAUUCUUCUGGCGGCGCAACGUCUGGUUGCUGCCAUGACUAUUCUAGACCUCUUUGUAUGGAAUAUGGAAAAGUUCAUAUAUGCGAGUGUGGCGCUGGUAUCCAUUUCAGUGGCCUACAUGACGCUCUUGCCCCAGAGGCGGCAAAAAUCGGGCACGAUGCCGCACGUUAGGAUUGAAGACAACAUCGAGCAGCUGUCAAAAUAUGUUGUUCUGGGCGUUGCCUCGGUAUUUAUCAUACAGACUCUCGUCUUUGGUCUCACUACGGGAUCCUGGUUGAGAACUCUCGCUGCCGCCGUUUUCAAGUGCCUGACUUGGUUUUUCGCCAUACAGCUAUCGACCGCCUUUCGGCCUCUGUUGCACAUCUCAUUGUCUGCGCUCUCGCUUGGCCAGGUAGUCAGCACGCUGACCAGUCGCGCCAAGUCACGAUCCCGCCUUUGGGUAUUCAUGCUGGUGGCUCUGAUUCCCUACGGGGCCAACAUUGUUGCGAUUCGACACGCCGAACACGCCGUACAGCGUACCUUUGGCGGAAACCGGGAGCAUCCCGUGGAUAUUCUGAUGCACGGGGCCAAUGCGCAGUUCAACGGCCUGCUGCAUCGACAGUCGAAAUCUUUGGAAGAAGCGCAGGCUGAGUACCGUCGGCGGUACAAGAUGGACCCUCCGCCCGGGUUCGAAGCUUGGUAUAACUUUGCCGUUGCGCACGAAUCGCCCAUUAUCGACGAGUUUGACUUGAUCUACAAGCAGGUCGCGCCGUUUCUCAAGGUGAGUGGCGCCGAGCUGCAGCGGAUCAUGGAUGCUGCCUUUUAUGCAGAGGGAAGUGAGAUUUGGUCAUGCCAAUACGACCGUACCGAGGCGAGGGCUCGAUGCAAUCACAAGCAUCGCUCGUAUGACCGACACAUUUCCUCCUUGUUCGAAGCCGUCGGCAAAUUCGCCGGCGCUGAACUGCCUGACGUCAGGUUUCUGGUCAACCAUCUCGACGAGCCAACCGUGCUGCUUCCGAGCGAGAAGACAAUGGACGUGCGAGUCACCGACCUGUCUCACCAGCCAACGUGGGCGAAUAUUACGCAGGGGUGCGCGGCUCGUCAAGUCGAAAACUCGCUCGCAAAGGACGAGAGAGAAUCAUUCGCACUACCCUUUAUCAAGGAUGCAGCUUCCGCCACGGACAUCUGCCGGCACCCAGAAGUUUGUGUGUACGACUCGGACUCGGAGCCCGACUUUUUCGAAAAGACCAACAACCUGUACUGGGCGGGCUCGACCUCGGGGGCGUUUGCGCACGACGACGGCUGGCGCGCCUACCACCGGCAGCGGUUCGUGCAGUUUGCGCAGAACCUCGGGCGGGAGCAGUACUACUACCUGCAGCAAAAGGACGAGACGGUGGAGCGCGUGGCGUCGUCGUUUCUGAACGGGCGGCUGUACGACGUGGGGUUUACGCGCAUCAUGCAGUGCCUCAGGCGGCAGUGCCGGGCGCAGCGAGGAUUCUUCCCGCCGGGGGCGUGGGCGGACAAGGACGCGGCGCUGCAGUCGCGGCUAGUGUUUGACCUGGACGGCAACGGCAUCAGCGGGCGCUACUACAAGCUGCUGGCGUCCAAGUCGCUGCCGCUCAAGCAGACGCUGCUCCGCGAGUGGCACGACGAGCGGCUCGUGCCGUGGGUGCACUACGUGCCCGUCAGCCAGAGCCUGGAGGAGCUGCCGGAGCUCGUCCUGUACCUCACGUCGACGGCGUCGGGCCAGCGGCGGGCCGAGGAGAUGGCGGGCAAGGGCCAGGACUGGCACGGCAAGGCGCUGCGCAAGGAAGACAUGGCCGUGUACGUGUAUAGACUGAUGCUCGAACUGGCACGGUUGCAGGAUCCGAACCGGCAGCCGCAAGCCUAA